CCAUAGUUUUCUAAAUACCCAAAAAAAAUGGAUCAAAAGGAGAUUCCAAAGAACUUGAGAGAUGACAACCUCAGCGACGAAACAAAGACUCUCAUCUCUUCACUUGUCUCCGAGAUAGAUACGCAAGGGAACAAGCUCUACAACUACCAAGGAUGUUGGUACUACUCUGCCACUCUCCAAGGUGUCCUCAAUUUCCAGAGAAAUUUCAAGCCUCAAGACUCCGAUAUUAUCAUUACUUCUUUCCCCAAAUCAGGCGCAACUUGGCUCAAGGCCCUCACAGUUUCCCUCCUCGAGCGAUCGAAACACUCUUCUUCUCAUGAUCAUGAUCAUCCUCUGCUAUCUCAUAAUCCCCAUGCGCUAGUACCAUCCCUUGAGGCUAAUCUCUAUCUUACUAGCCAAAAUCCGGAUUUGAUGACCAAGUUUUCACCAUCGCCGUCUCCGAGGCUCUUCUCUACUCAUAUGCCGUUGCUUACACUGCAAGAAACACUCAAGGACUCCCCUUGCAAGGUCGUCUACUUGUGUAGGGAUGUCAAGGACGCAUUAGUGUCUCGUUGGUUUUUCAGGUGCAGCUAUCUGAAAAAACAAGUAGAGAGACACGUUCUUGAGGCUAUGUUUGAGUCGUUUUGCAGCGGAAUCAGCUUUUACGGUCCCUUCUGGGACCAAGUCUUGAGCUAUUGGAGAGGCAGCUUGGAGGAUCCCAGUCAUGUCCUUUUCAUGAGGUACGAGGAAAUGAAACAAGACCCUUAUACUCAGCUCAAGAGACUUGCAGAGUUCUUAGGCUGUCCUUUCACUGACAAAGAAGAAGAGAGCGGAUCUGUGGACAAGAUCUUGGAACUCUGCUCUCUGCGUAGUUUGAGUGACUUGGAGAUCAACAAAACCGGGAAAACGUCUAACGGCGUGGACUACAAGUUCUUUUUCCGAAAAGGAGAAGUCGGGGACUCGAAAAAUUAUCUCACUCCUGAAAUGGAGAGCAGAAUCGACAAGAUUGUCCGUGAAAAGCUAGAAGGUUCGGGAUUGAAAUUCUAAGUGGUUGUGGUUUAAACUUUUACUU